AUGCUUGAGAAGAAUAGAGAAGCUAUCGUUGUAGAUGUUCAAGAAAGAUUUGACGACGACGUUUCGGAAAUUUCCGACACUCUCGUAGAAAAAGCGGAAGCUGAGGACAAAAUAACAGAACAAGAAAAAAGGGAACUAGCUGGGUUAGAUCAUGUCAAAGGAUCACCGAAAGAAAGACUCAUAGUGUUGGCUAUCGAACUGCAGAAUUACAAGGACAAAUUGAAAACCGAAACGGACGAAAAGCGCUUAAAGGUGUUCCGAGCGGCUAAGGAUCUUGUUGAGUCACGAAUAGACGAAGCAAGGGUUGAAAUGAACCUAAAAGUUCACGGAGUGUACGCCCACACAACAUGA